AGAAGUGUUCCGAAAUAAUGAAGAUGGAGAAUUGUUCGCAGGUGCAGUGGUUAAGAAGUUCAAAAUCCAAAGUUUUUAGCUGCUGGGGUGUAUUUUUCAUAUUGUAGACAUCUUCAAUCAAAGGUUUUACCAUUUUUAUUGCGAUGGAUAAAAUUCUUCCGUCCUGAAAUUAUGUGUACAAUUGCAUUUUGAAAAUUUUCUUUUUGAGUAGCCAGGUAUAUAUUUACAGGAGACCGGGGAUGGACGCGCGAAUUUUUAACGUCUACUCAACUGUAUAACUCUGUUCAGGUGACAUUGGAGAGCCCAAGAAUAAUGCGCCCAGUAUCCCACUGUAGUAGUGCAGCAACGAUACGCUUCCGUCACAGUAGGAUACAUAUCACAAUACUUGUCUCAUGAUACGAUGCGUAUCACAAUAUAUUUAUCAAUAAAUGCUAUCUGUUUCAUGAUACAAUACGUAUCACAAUAUAUUUAUCAAUAAAUACUAUCUGUUUCAAACUUUCAAUUAAAUGGAGCCCAAACGUUUCCAAAUAUGUGACUAAAUGAAGCAGGCAGUUCUUUCAAUUUAACAGUCACUUGACGUAAGCGCUUACACCGCCAUGGUGGUUUUUGGCAAUACUAAUUACCGCACAGAAAACCAGAAUCAGUCUGAUCUGGAAGACUGUUGGCGUACGUUAAUGCAGAGAAUGAUACCUUAAACCGUGCCAUAUACAGUGAUAUAUUGUCCAACAUUACAAAAUAGAUCUUGAUCUUCUCCCAUUGCAACACUUAAAUCUUUCCUUCCUGAAUGUGCUGUCUUUCUGUGCUUUGUUGUCUUCUGUAGGUGUCUCUUUGACAUUCACCCUGGCUGUUGUAAGAACUUUGAACACCUUUACAAAAAACAAAACACAAAAGCGACACCUAAAACUUGCUGGGGGUUUUCAUAAACGACAUUUGAACAUAUUGCAAUUUAAUUUCCUGAUAAAAAAAAUCCAUCUAAUGAGUAAUCCAUACUAAGCAGGGGUCAACAUUAACUUUUUUCUGCACUUGUCCCAAUGGACAAGUAACAUUAAUAUAUUCACUUGUCCCACUUGAAAAUUUUCAAUUAAGUUUAAUGAUGUCAUGCAGUAAAACGAUAACAUUGCAAUGACAACUAUAUUACUGAUAUUUAUUGGUGUUUUGUCCAAGUCACAUAAUGUAGAAGAAGAAAAAUGCUACUGACUGCCUAUUUUCGAUUUACAGAAACUAAAGUAGUCUUAUAAGAAUAGAAAUAAACUGACUAAAACAUGAACAUAAUUGUAGAAAUGCAAUAGUGCAUAAAUAUCUGAAAUACUAUUUAUGCUAAAUCUUGCAAUAAAUAGCGAGCGUGAUAGUAUCAGCAUCUGUUGCCACUUUAGUCCUUCAAAUUCACUUACAAUUUCCUUGUACGCUUUUAUUCGUAUUCCCUUUUUUUCCAAUACGCAUAUUCAAUUCAAAGACACCAAUGGGGCUGAUUGAAUAUUUUCAAAAAACAUGGAAAGUUUAGUUAUCAUCUGCAUAGUGUUCCAAAUUUAAGGUGAAGUUUUGUGAAUGUUUAUUUCAGAAUAUAAAUAAACAACACGAAGACAAUAUUUGUUGCUUGUUCCGUCGGACAAGUGUUUUAAUACAUUCACUUGUCCGACAGCAAUUUAGUCUGGUACCGGACAAGCGGACGAGCCUUAAUGUUGACUCCUGCUAAGUACAAAUUCAUCAGAUUAUUUAUAUACGUAUAAUGAUAUGCAUACAAAUAUUUCAAUUUGAAGUGCAAAAUUUUGAAUUAGUAAGGCUGAGAUCCUGUUUGGAUGCUUUGGAAUACUUUGAUUUAAUACUAUCAUCAUGAUCAGUCAUAAUAUUUCAUAUCCAUUCAAUGUAUUUUCGUAGGUAUAGGAAACAUGCAGACUAUAUGAUGAUAUUGACAGUAUUGCUUUGUUACACUUCAUUUUACUUGUUCUGUAAAAAAUAUCAAGUUUUUUUUCUAAUUUUCUUUCAGACCAAGAAGAAAACAAAAAAUUAGAUGAGGUAACCUAAUUAAGAAAUGGUGUAUUGACCAAACUUUCAAUAUGGGAAGAACAAAAACUUCCGACUCUUCAUCUUCCAGUGAAACCAGCAAGAAAAGAGAUAAGCAGGCAACAUCAUCUAAAUCUCAUCAAAAUGAUUCGGACUCGGAUUCCGAUGUAAAGCCUCAGGUCUAUCCUGGUACUCACUGGCCCCUUGAUUCUACACUGGAGCUGCUGAUCAACUAUGAUGCAGUGAAGGAGAUAAGAGCAGUGAAGCCGGACUUCUACCCCAUGUUGUUCUACCUGACCAAGUCUGACUACAGUAGUGUAGCCAGAGUCCUGUCCAAACUACCAGUGAUAAUGGACCAUCUCCAGGCAAGGUUGGAUAAAGGGAAGGUGAUGACAGAGUCUCAGGCACCUGUAACAGUGAAACCAACACAGCCUCCUAAAUCUGUCACUCCAACUGUCAUCAGAGAUCUGAUGUCAGCCAAGGAGGAAAUCCUGAAGCUUCUCUCAAAUAUGUGCUUAAAUCAGAAGGACGCUGAUGAAUUAUUGGACUGGUUCAACUCCUUUGAAACAAAAAGAAAGGGAAGAAAUGGGUUCCACUUGGAUGAACAGGAGAAGAUUCAACAUCCAAAACCUGUUACUAGGACAUAUUUCAAAGCUUGACCAGAAGUUGACUUCUGAAAGGUCCAUUGUAACCAGGGCACAAGAAAAACAUGACGGUAGACCUGUAAAUGUGAAGAAACAAGUAAAAUCUGACAGCAAAUGUGUUGGGACAGUUAAAAGGCCUCGAAAAGAUGCAUCACCUGAAGAUAAGUCUAGGCCUCCUACCAGGGAAGAGAUUUAUGAAAAUAUAAACAAAAUGGCAGCUGCUCAAAUAUUGUCAAAGUCUGACAGUGUAAAGACAAAAAAAACAGCUCAUUGUCCAGAAGACAAAAGCCAAAAUCAAAAGAUAGGGACCAAGAAGCGAGGCAGACCACGCAUAGUUAAGGAGUCAGAUGACGAAACCAAUUCUGCUCUUGAAUCGCCAAGUAAAAGGACUAAAACAAAAUCACGACUCUGUAAAUCUGUUUCUCCGUCAGUCAGUUUGCACUCACCCAGCCCACCUUUGUUGUCUCCUCAACCAACAACCUCGCCUUCCAGGUUCAGGCUUAGUAUGGGGAACAUACAAACCUUAUCUGAUGAUAUUAAAUGUGUUCUGAAUAACAAAAUACAACAAUCUAGUGAGGUUGUUGAGAAAUACAUUGGGGUAGAGGUAAAAAACAUAAAUACAGGAGAGGAGUGGUCCCAACACACCCCAGGCCCUGAAACUCUCCAGGGACCACAGACCCCAGAUCCUAUUCAAAGACAACCUAUCAGAAGUAACUUUGGCCCUGUUCCUAUGUGUCUGUACAAAGUGCAGACCGACACAGAUGAAACUCCUAUGGACAAUUCCCUAGAGUUAGUCACUCCUAAAAUAGAAAUUGACAUUGCAGAAGAUGAAUCUUGUGGGCAGUGCUUUGUAAAAGUUGAACCAGGACUAUCUACAGAGUGUUCGGUAACAGCAUCUGGCAUUACACAAAAUUCUACUCCAAUCAUAAAGACCAUUUGUACUGGACCUGUGUGUGGAGGGGACAAUUGUAUGCAUGAACACUCGGUCAUCGUGGAAGAUUGUGACAAUGCUGAUACGGAUUGUGUACAAGAAUCAUUUAAUCAAGAUGCCAAAGAGGCAGAGCCUGUUAUCAUCAUUGAUGACUGAUGAUUGGACACUAAUUUCAUUUAAGUCAUUUUCAUGCGUCAUCAAAAUUCUUAAUAAUUCUAAUGUGUUUGAGUGCAGAAAUUUAUUAAAGUUGAUGAUAAAAUAUGCCUCUCCAACACCUGACUUUAGGUACAACCUAUUACAUGUACUUAAAACCCUGAUCAGUCAUGUCACCAGGAGACUGGUUCCAUCUCAUUGAAGACACCUGGCUUGAAGAUAUGUAAAUACGACUUUGUAAAUGUAUUGCCUCAUUACUUGUAAAUGUAUUGCCUCAUUACUUGGAAAUGCUAUUACUUUGGGUUAUCUCGGACUAAAUAAACAAUGCAUUUUUACUCAAGUGAACAAUUUAGGUAGCUCUUGAUGUUAGAAUGCAUGUUUGAAUAUCUUUUACCAGAAAUGGUCUGGCAUGUUUCCAUUGGUUCCAAUACUAGUGCAAUACAAUUGCAUUGAAUUUUGCAUGUAUUAUCUUUUCAUCCCACCUUUGACAUGCUAUAAAAAAUAACUAAUUAAAAAAAAAGUCAAGGAAAACACAUUUGAAUAAGCUUAAUCCAAAAACCUGCUGUAUGUUAAAGAACAAUUUCGUUUCUUAAAGGUGUGUACAAAAUUCCAAGUCUGUUUUGAGUAAGUCAGUGUCAAAUCCACCUUGUACAUUAUCACUUAUUGAGUUGCACUUCGAUUCUGCUCCUUUGUCACAGUGACACAAAAAUGAAGAAAAAAUAAUUAGUCUUGUCUGCGACAGAGUUACGAAGCAAGACUUUCUCGGGAAUAAAGUUGUAUUGUGUUGUAGUAUAUUGCAUGUCAUUGUACUGAAUUUGAAUUUUUUGCUGUAUCUUGAAUGCUUCUUCCAUUCAUUUACAAAUUAGAUUUAAGUCAAUUGAAUGAUUUCUAUAAGAAAUCCUUUGUAUUUUCUUCUCACUUUUCAGACAGUUUUUUGGGUAAAAUUAAAAUGACUUACAUUUGUAUUUAUGUGAAUAACAAUAGAAUCAGUGAUUUUGCAAAUUUGAUAUCUGUUUUGAAAUGCAUCAAUAUUUAUACAUGUCUAUAAUAUAUAUAAGGUGCCAAUAACUUCCAUAAUGUCAAGUGGAGAUUUUUAUUCUUUUUUUUUUCUUUUUUGAAAAAUUACUGAAAUUUUAGUGAAUUUUGGAGUUAACUUAAAACUUGCUACAUGUACAUGUAUAUGAUAUAGUGACAAAGCAAGACAGUUGAGAUACAUGUAUAUAAUAACAUGUAAUUCUUGUAUAGCUGGUGUGCUUAUUUGCAAUACACAUAAUAAGACUUUUUUAUUAUUGACAUUUGAGACAUCUUGAACUGACAAAAACAGCUGACAGCAUUACAGCUUCUAGUACAGAUGUUGUGAAGUAUUUUAUGAUAAAAAUGUAUAUACAAUGUAGUAAUAAAGUGGUUAUAAUGAAUGCUGUUUUUAUAGCAGACUUAUAAUUUUUUCAGUUAUCUUUGUUCAACUCAUCGUCGCUGAUGCCAGUCUAGAUACUGUCUUUUUAUAGAACUCAAUAAU